AAUAGGAUAGAGGUUAUGUGGCGCUGUUGUUCGCAUACGGUGUUUCGGUAAGUCGGUUUUGUCCGGUUAAACAGCCGAUGCGAGUUUUCUAACAGCCGUUAAGGGAUAUAUAUUGUAUGUAUACGCGUAUAUAUCGUUUAAGAAUACACGAUUUCUUUUUAAAAGUUUGAUUGUAUGAAAAAGUAAAAGGUUUCACGUGUUUCGUGCAACGAUUUUCUUGUUGCUUGCAAGAACUAAUAUUUUAUAACCUAUAAGUCAUAAUACGGAUUAUAGAAAAAUUGUCGGGAGUCCGUUAAUUACGAAGAAAUAGUGUAAUUUAUAAAUAAAAAGGCAUGAUGGUUUAUGUGACCGAGUGUGACGAUAAAUCUUGAAUGAUUUGGUUAGUUUGCGUUCUUCACGGACACAUAUUUUCGACGAUACGAAAGUAUUAAAUCAUGCACGUUUUACGUUAAAGAAUGUAGGUUUGUUUGUGAAACGGAAUUCCUUAUCGAAAUACGAAGUAUUUUAUCGAAUUUUGUUCGAUUUAUUUUAUUGCUCGUUUAAAAGGAAUUACAAAAAAGAGAAAUAAUACGGAGGUAUAUCGUAAGGGAAGAUUGAAAUGAGCUCUCAACAAAGUCCGGCAGCAUUGCAGUCAACCGUGGAUCGUGAAAAAGUUUAUACAUGGAUCAUUGAAUUAUCCAAUCCUGAAACUAGAGAAAAUGCUCUUUUGGAACUCAGCAAAAAGCGUGAGGUAGUGCCUGACUUAGCUCCAAUGUUAUGGCACUCUUUCGGUACAACAGCGUCUCUCUUGCAAGAGAUUAUAAAUAUUUAUCCUGCCAUUAAUCCUGCAACUCUUACCGCAUAUCAGAGCAAUCGUGUGUGUAAUGCUCUUGCGUUGUUACAAUGCGUUGCCAGUCAUCCAGAUACCAGAUCGGCCUUUCUUCAAGCACACGUACCAUUGUUCCUGUAUCCAUUUUUGCAUACCGUAAGCAAAACAAGACCCUUCGAGUAUUUGAGAUUAACGAGCUUGGGAGUUAUAGGUGCAUUGGUCAAAACGGACGAACAGGAAGUUAUAACAUUUUUAUUGACUACUGAAAUUAUUCCGCUUUGUUUGAGAAUUAUGGAGAGUGGUUCAGAAUUGAGUAAAACUGUAGCCACUUUUAUUCUUCAGAAAAUUUUGUUGGAUGACAGCGGUCUUUCUUACAUAUGUCAGACUUAUGAUAGGUUUAGUCAUGUUGCGAUGAUAUUAGGAAAAAUGGUUUUGUCCUUGGCUAAAGAUCCUUCUGCAAGAUUAUUAAAGCAUGUCGUUAGAUGUUACUUAAGACUCUCUGAUAAUCCAAGAGCCUUAUUGGCACUGAGACAAUGUUUACCAGAUCAAUUAAGAGACAAUACCUUUGCGACUUGUUUACAAGAGGAUGCAUCUACCAAACACUGGUUAAAUCAACUUCUUAAGAAUUUAGAAACCGGUCCUCAACCGGGACCUCCUACUCAACCGGGUCAACAAGAUCCUAGGUCUAUUGGAAUGUCACCACUUACUUCUUAGAUCUUAAACUUUUACUACUAAUACAAUAAUUCGUAUUUUUCUAAAAAAAAGUCAAUCGUAUUAUGGUAUUAAAGGCUUUCUCGUUUUUAAACAAAAUUGAUUACUCUAUCAUACGAGAAAGGUAAAAUUACCUUCUUCUAAUUGAUCUUACAAUUACGUUUAUGUUAUUACUUUUCUUUUUUUGUUUUGCAAAAUGAUUAUUUCUAUAUGUUAGCCGAUUAUUUCACAGCGAUUGUAGAGAUUAUAGAAACCUAUCAUAUCAAGGUAAAAGAAAAAAAGAAAAAAAGGAAAAAAAAAAAAUUUUUUUGAAUUUCUCCAGUCAUCGUAUGCAAUAAUGUAAAUGCGUAUAAUUAUUAUACGUAUCCAAUGUAUAUGUGUGUAUGUAGCGUAUAAAAAUUAUCUACUCGAGGGAGAUAUAAAAUUGCUUGUGAUCAAGUUCUGCGGAUGUUGUAUAGCAAUUGUAUUUUUAACUUCUUCUAUAAUAUAAGAAAGCUCAAUCAUCGAAACUUAACUGUAUAUUUUCAAAUAAAGUAUGUACAGUAUGUGAGAAUUAUAUGUCAAUUAGAUAUAUAUGAUAAAUAUGUAUAUGAUAACAGCUAUUGUAGACCAUUGUACAUAUAUUCUUGUACUGAAAAAUUUAUUGAUACGAUGAGCAUUUUGUCUCACGUGACCUUAA